UGGCUAUAAAAUGGGGGCGCCAUUGCCAAGAAUCCCAAGAACACCAGCCAGGAAUCAGAAGCCAGAAGCAGCAACGCUCGCUCUGAUUCUUUCUUUCCUCCUCGAGCUAGCAGGAAGUAGUUUUAAUUUUGGUGUGAUCGAUGGCGGCGAUGAUGGCGGUGACGACGAUGGUGACGAGGAACAACGCCGUCGGCGGCGGCGCGGUGGCGGUGGUGGACAGGAAGGGGUGGUUCGUCCCGGAGGUGUCGUUCCCGUGGAGCUCGGUGGAAGGGGAGUGCAUCAACAGCAGCAGCAAGAGGUUGGAGUUCCCUCGCCGGACGGCUGCGCCGCCGCUGUUCGCCAGCGUCGGGCUCAGCUUGCCGUCUGCGGCGAAGGGCCGGGACAACUGCGACGUCGCGCGGCAGCUCGCCGCCGCGGAGGCCGAGGAGGCGGCGGGGAAGAAGAGGCAGGGCAGGAAGAUGAAGGGCGGCGGCGGGCUGCUGUCGCUGAGGAAGGUGAGGGUGAAGAUCGGGAACCCGCACCUUCGCCGGCUGGUGAGCGGCGCCAUCGCCGGCGCCGUGUCGCGCACCUUCGUGGCGCCGCUGGAGACCAUCCGCACCCACCUCAUGGUCGGCAGCUGCGGCGCCGGCUCCAUGGCCGAGGUCUUCCGCUGGAUCAUGCGCACCGAGGGCUGGACCGGCCUCUUCCGCGGCAACGCCGUCAACGUCCUCCGCGUCGCCCCCAGCAAGGCCAUCGAGCAUUUCACCUACGACACGGCCAAGAAGUACCUCACCCCGGAGGACGGCGAGCCUGCCAAGAUCCCCAUCCCCGUCCCCCUCGUCGCCGGCGCCCUCGCCGGUGUCGCCUCCACCCUCUGCACCUACCCCAUGGAGCUCGUCAAGACCCGCCUCACCAUCGAGAAGGACGUGUACGACAACGUGCUGCACGCGUUCGUGAAGAUCGUGCGGGAGGGCGGGCCGGGGGAGCUGUACCGCGGCCUGGCGCCGAGCCUGAUCGGCGUGGUGCCCUACGCGGCCACCAACUUCUACGCCUACGAGACGCUGCGCCGCCUGUACCGCCGCGCCACGGGGCGCGCCGACGUCGGCCCGGCCGCGACGCUGCUCAUCGGGUCGGCGGCGGGCGCCAUCGCCAGCACGGCCACCUUCCCGCUCGAGGUCGCCCGCAAGCAGAUGCAGGUCGGCGCCGUCGGCGGCCGGCAGGUGUACCGCCACGUGCUCCACGCCAUGUACUGCAUCCUCCGCGGCGAGGGCGCCGCGGGCCUCUACCGCGGCCUCGGCCCCAGCUGCAUCAAGCUCAUGCCCGCCGCCGGCAUCUCCUUCAUGUGCUACGAGGCGCUCAAGAAGGUACUCGUCGAGGAGGAGGCGGCGCCGGAGCUGGAGGCGGAGUGCGCGGAGGAGAUCAAGGAGAAGGUUGCGUGAAGUGGUUUGGGCUCGCCGGCGCCGGAGAAGAUGGUGGCUGAUUGUGCAUGGGUGUGAUGAUGGAAGCAUGCAAGAAAAGAAGAAAAAAAAGAAGCAAAAAAUGGAGAGAAGUUUGUGGUUGCUGUGGUUUGAAGUUGGAUGAAUCAUCGUAGGAUUCGAUUUCCUCUGUUCAGGAGGCAUAUGGUGUGUUUUCAAUGAAGUGAUGCAUUUCAAGUUUGUUUUCAAUAUAUCUAUGUAUUGCAUUUCAAGUUUGUUUUCAAUAAAAUCUAUGUAUUUCCAGUUCAAUUUA